AUGGCAAUGCUGCUCUUCUUAGUGCUGCUGAAACUCAUCCCAGCGGAUGGUGUGGACUUCAUUCAGGGUCGCAUUGUUGGAGGGUACACCCCAUCGCCGAAUUCAAUCAAAUACAUCGUAUCAUUACAAAGCUCGAAAGGCCAACAUUUCUGCGGUGGAUCUCUGGUCCAUAAAUACUGGGUGCUCACUGCUGCUCAUUGCAAUAUUGGUGUGGGUGAGAUGAUGGUGGUGGCUGGAGACUUUACUUUGGGUGGCAACGAGGGAACGGAGCAGUUUUCCAAAGCUCAGUCCAUGAUCCCACACCCGAUGUACAACAAGAGCUCUAACAAUGCAGAUAUCAUGCUCAUAAAGCUUAGUUCACCCAUAGAGCUGAACAAGUAUGUGUCCCUUGCCCCGCUCCCCAAACAGAACACAGGCCCACUGGCGGGCAGGAUGUGCCGGGUGUCUGGGUGGGGCUCCACCAGUCCCAUCGGAGGUCAGAUCCCCCUCACUCUCCGCACCGUCAGACUCCCCAUCGUCUCCACUGCAAAGUGUAACAGCAGUCAGUCUUUCAAUGGAAACAUCACAGUCAAUAUGAUCUGUGCAGGGAUGAGGGCAGGGGGAAAGGAUGCGUGCAAGGGGGACUCUGGUGGCCCCUUGGUGUGUGAUGGACGGGUCUAUGGAUUGGUCUCCUGGGGGAAUGGCUGUGGAGAUCCCAGAUUUCCAGGAGUGUAUACAGCUGUGUCCAGGUUCCGCAGAUGGAUUGAUCAGACCAUAUACAGCCCGUUGUCACGAUGCAUUAGGUCAAAGUUCACUGUACCUAUAUAG